GCACAACUUAAUGCACAUGACAUAGACAUCGAACGACAAUGCUUUAUGUAAGCGUGUUCCUUCGCGCAUGCGCAGUAAGUAGCGACGCACACCAAAAACUGCCAUAAACAAAAGUGAUUGAAUUGAUCACCGCGGAGUAGAACAGACACAUCGCAGCAAUGAGCAGCAGUAAAGUAGCUCUUGUCACUGGUGGAAAUAAAGGCAUCGGGUUCGCAAUCGUGCGGGCAAUGUGCAAGGAUUUCGCCGGAGACGUGUACCUGACAGCUCGGGAUGUCGGUCGAGGAACCGCAGCUGUGGACAGUCUGAGGAAGGAGGGGCUGGCACCGCUCUUUCACCGGCUGGACAUCACCGACCCCGACAGCGUCCGCUCCGCGCGGGACUUCUUCACAGAGAAGUACGGCGGCCUCGACGUGCUGGUCAACAACGCUGGCAUCGCCUUCAAGAUGGCAGACACGACCCCCUUUGGCAUCCAAGCAGAGGUGACAUUGAAGACUAAUUUCUUUGCUACUAGAGAUAUGUGCAAUGUGUUCCUGCCUAUUAUCAAACCAGGAGGUCGGAUGGUGAAUGUCUCCAGCGUAAUGGGCUCGGUGGCUUUAAGCCGCUGCAGUCCAGAACUCCAGGCCCGUUUCCGUAGCGAUGACAUUACAGAGGAAGAGCUAGAUGGGCUGAUGGAGCGAUUCGUCCGUGACGCUCAGGAAGGGGUUCACGCAGAGCGAGGUUGGCCUAGCACUGCAUAUGGGGUCUCCAAAACUGGCCUCACAACCCUGACUAGAAUCCUGGCUCGAAAUCUGACAAAAGAGAGGCCUGGAGAUGAUAUCCUAUGCAAUGCCUGCUGUCCAGGAUGGGUCAGGACUGACAUGGCUGGACCAAAUGCAACCAAAUCACCAGAUGAGGGCGCCGUCACUCCAGUGUACUUGGCAUUGCUGUCUCCUGGGGCAAAAGAGCCCCAUGGGCAGUUUGUUUCAGAGAAGAAAGUGCAGCCAUGGUGAGAGCUAGAAAGAGUAAUCAUGUAUGUUUGUGUUGCAAAGCUGGAGUGACCCAUCAAGAUUUAGACAGGCUAUUUCUAGAAAGUUUUGGGCUGAAUUCAGACUGAGCCCUUGACAGAAGACUUCAGGUAAUCCAAAAAGUUACACUGGGCAUUGUGUACUUUAUUUUUGUAAAUAUUACACAGAAAGCUUUAAAAUUUGAUCAAAGUUUUGGUGAAUAGACAAACUUAAUAUCAGUUAACAACCAAAAAUUAUGUGGUCUUAUAGUUCACCAAAAAAGUGGAAAAUUGCAGAAAAUGUACUUUAGCAUUGCAUCACUUACUCGCCAAUAAAUCCUCUGCAGUGAAUGGGUGCCGUCAUGAUGAGAGUCCAACUGCUUUAUGUUUGUUACAAACAUGUAGCUUUUCAAGAUGUUAAUUGAUGGAGUGGAGUCAUGUGCAUUACUUGUGAAUUAUUGUGAUGUUUUUAUCAGCUGUUUGGACUCUCAUUCUGACGGCACCCAUUUACUAUAGAGGAUCCUUUGGUGAGCAAGUGAUGUAAUGAUAAAUUUCUCCAAAUUUGUUUUGAUGAAGAAACAAACUCAUCUACAUUUUGGAUGGCCUGAGGGUGAGUACAUCUUUAGCAAAUUUUCAUAAUUCGGUGAACUAUACCUUUAAAAUCGAGACCUAUAGUUUAGAACUCAUGCUUGUGUAUGUGUUAAUUAUUUGGAGAUGCAAAAUGCACAAAUACAAUAAUUAACCACAUCAAUUAAUCCUAAAUUAAUAAUUAAUUUUAGUAAGUGGAUUGUAACUUGUUAGGUUCAAACUGAUGAGUGUUGUACCUAUAAAUAAUACUGAUAAAAAUGUAAUUAAUCUGGAAAAGAAAACUGUGAAUUACAAAAAUAAAAUUCCAUGAUUUUUCUCA